CAAUUUUAUUUUCGUAUUAUGUAAAUACUUCCCCUAUACCUAGUAUACUCUGGUAAUACAUAAUAUGAAUUCAACAUUUGAAUCGAAAUCGAGUUACAUAGCGCCGUCUAUGCCAGAAGAGUUGAAGAUGAGGGCGGCAUCAGCUCCUGACCUUCCUAACUCUUCGGAUGAGGAUGAGGACGAGGUGUCGUUGAAGCCACAGCUGUCAGCUCCAUCGUACUUCCAUCACUUCAGAGAAAACGAAUCUCCGCCCUUUUUGAAACCGCAACUAGAGCCACGCCCACGUAUCCUGGUAGGCACUAUCAUGAAUGAGGAAGAAGCCGUGGCCAUGGUCGCGGCUGCUGAUGCUGAUAAAGAGAAUGGGCUAAAAAGGUUUAUAGGUAAUUUCCUAAUAGAAAAGAAAAUAGUACAAAACUAUGCUAUACCUGAGAAGAAUUUUUUAAUUAGUCUCGUGAUGGAAGUUAUUGAUUAUUCGGCGCAGAGGGACUUUGAUGCGUUCAAACUAGCUGUGCUCAUAACGAUAUAUUUGAACUCGCAUCUUUACUUCAAAUGGUACUACUGGCAGUCACCGACAGCGGUCUGGAGUUAUUUCAAGCAAGUUAUGAUAAGGCAUACUGUCGAGGACACUCCAGAUGGCGAGGAAGUGUUCAGAGCCCAGGACUGCUACGAUAUCAUCACCCAUUUCCACACAGUAUACCUGUCUAACAUGCCACUGAUUCAUAUCAUCACCUUCGGCACGAAUAGACUCAAACUGAUUUGGCCUUUCAAGAUAGGAAAGUAGGAACAGAAUCUGAACUAUGGAGAAGUAAAACAAUUCAUCAUCAACCUGAACAUGUCCACUGCUGCACAAAGACCUCCCCUUAGUUCUAAACUUCGAAAGAUAACGCCCUUGUAUCCAAUCUAAUGGCUCCCACAACUGACAAUGUUGUUGCACCAGGAGAUUUGCAUAAAAGUUCGUGUGAUGAUUAUGAAAAUUAGAUUUUAAUCUUGGAAUAUUAUUAUAUUCAUAAUUUCAAAUAAAGUUAUAUUACUAAAAUUCUUGUGUUUCGUAAAAGUAGCUUAGCUGUAAUAAGGUACACUAUAUUAUUGCAAGGAUGACUAGACAAUAAGGGAUCAUCACCCAUGUGAUAUGAUUCAUGUGAUGGAAUCUAAAGAAGUGUAGCAAUUGUGCAAGUGCAUGAGAAAAUAUUUUUUAUGGAUUUACAUAUCCAUAAAAACAGAUUAAUUAAAUAAAAA